AUGCUCUACCUUUCCAGGAUAACGAGUCUAUUCGACUACGGCGCCAUUUUCCUCAUGGUUGUCACCAUCAUCGUCUUCCUGGUUCCAAUUCUUAUCCUAUUCCCGCCGGUGCCUGUCGACCAUAGUGAUGCGUUACGGCAGACACACAGCAAACUUGGCCGCCCGCAGCGUGAGAGCCACUUGCGUUCGCAAUAUGAUGCCAGACAUAAGCCGCAGGCGGGAAAGACACCGAAAAUCGAGAGUCUGUACAUUUACCCCAUCAAAUCGUGUAGAGGAAUAGAGUUGGACAGGGCCAAGGUCUUACCCACCGGCCUGGAGCACGACCGCCUCUACACGUUUGCUCAGUUGAAGCCCAAGUCUACACCCGCCGUUACAGAACCAGGUGCACAGACGGACUCGAGCAGCGCGUGGGAAUUCUUGACACUGAGGCAGCUGCCGCUCUUGGCCAACGUCAAAGUUGAUAUAUGGCUACCGGAUGCGGGCAAGAAGAGCAGACUUCUGGGCAGCCUGCAAGGCGGGUUUGUUGCUGUCCGUUUUCCCUGGCAGGAAAGGGGCUUCCUGGGCUUGGUACAACUUCUUGUUGCCAAGCUUAGUCGGGGUUGGAGCGCGGUUCCGGAGAAGGAAUUCAUACUGCCAUUGGAAUUCCCAUCCAAGCAGGAAAUUGAUGCAAGAGGCUAUAAGUUUGCAAAUAUCAAGGUGUGGGUGGACGCUCCCUAUGCACUUGACAUGUCCAACGAGCUGCCGGCCGAACUUGCCACGUAUCUUGGGGUCAAGCACUCGCUGGGUAUCUUCCGAUCCGACCCAUCUGCUCGCAGAAAAGUAUUCCGAACUGCUCCGCGAAACGAGAUGUCAGGUCAUGAAGCGGAGAUAGAUUUUCACGAUGCAUUCCCGGUACAUCUGCUCAAUCUGACAAGUAUUCGAGCGCUAGAGUCAAAGAUUCAGAAGGACAGAUUCAUUGAUCGCAUUGACGUUCGACGGUUCCGGGGCAAUAUAAUCGUUUCUGGCUUAAAGGAAUAUGAUGAAGAUGACUGGAAAUCGGUCAAGUUCAAACAUCCCGGCAGAAGCGAAACAAUGAGCAGGUUUGAUGUCUCAUGUAGAACUGUGAGAUGCAAGCUACCGAAUGUCGACCCUGCCACGGGUAUUCGGCACAUUGUGGAACCAGAUCGUGCCCUCCGCAAGUAUCGGGAUAUUGAUGCCGGUGCUCCUAAGAUGGGCUGUCUUGGCAUGCAACUCUUGCCUACAUUUCCAACAAGCAGCAAUCUAGAACGAUUGGAGUCUGUGCUGGAAGUCGGUAUGGAGGUUGACGUUCUCGAACGUGGAUCUCAUUUAUACGUCAAACAAAGCGCGCGGUGA